AUGAACACUCACACUGUAUUGCUCGCAGCCUACGGGCUAUGGGCCAUAGCUGCAUUUCCCUUUGCCUUCCCUUCACCACAGGGCGUCGGAACAGGCGCCGACUCCUGUCCCUCAGAACCUCUCAACAAUGAUACAUGGAUUGAACUGGAUUUGGACAACUAUCUCAUGGAAGCAGCUCACAACAUCACACCUACGGAGACAAACAAUGUCCAGGCAUUAGCCCAAUAUUUUGGUGCGCCAAACUUUUUCUGGUACGUCUUGCCAUCAUUAGCCGACUGGAUUAUUUACAUGCUAACUUUUCUUUGCUUAGCGGUCUUGAUAGCUUUUGUAAUGCUGGUCAGCCAUGUCUGCCGGUGACAACUUCAGCAUGGUAAGAACCUCUUCUUUUCUUCUUACCGCAGUUCCUGUGUUAACAAGUUUCUGUUGUAGGUAUAUAUUGGUCGCCAUCCAAAACUGGAAUCAAUACAUGAAUUCCUUGCACACCGCAGUCAUGUUCGCAACGUCGAUCAUGUCCCUGAUCAUACCACAAGUCGUCAACGAUUUGAAUCCCCCUAGAAAGAAUCGAGAUACCCCUAUGAAAAAUAUGGUGGGCCUCAUUUCUCUAGUAUUGGGUUUCAUUCCCUGGUCAGGGGAGAUGGCCAAAUUUGGUGAACAGAUUAGCAACGCCAGGUUUUCCGCAAGUCACGCCAGCGGCCGGAUGAAACCGACGGUACAGCCAGACAAAUUUAUGAUCUGGGGCGACGUCGCCGCUUCACUCGGUGAACUUGCCCAAGAUUACCAGCGUGCCGUCGCAACAGAACUCAAGAGACUACUCGACUCACCAAUCGACGCCAAAGAUGGACUAGGUGGACUUUUGGGCGGUGGAGGCUUCUUAGGCAUUGCACAAAAUUUCACUCAGGCUGGUAAGACCGUCCGCUCCUCCAUUGUUCUAGAGGCGCCCCACGACCAUUUACUCCUGGCCCUCUUUCUACACGGUUCUCAGAAUGUAGUUAGUCAACCAGAGAGCAUUGCUGACAUGUGAAUCUCCACAGACUUACAAGAGAGAGUCACCGAUGUCAUCACCAGGCGUUCCAUCGCCCUCGUACUCCAAGAACAAAAGGCAUUCAUUUGGCGCUAUCCAAAUGGCUGCAAGGACUACGGCAAGGCUGAUGUGAUGUGCGUGGACGACGGCGAUUCUAUUGGAGGAAAGGCCGGCUAUAGGCUCAUGAAGCCAGAUAGAUUCAAACCUAACAACGCCAACUCUAUGGAGGAGGCAGCUGGGCUACUAUUGGGGAAAUACGGAAUGACCAAGGAUGAGCUCUUCAUGGGGCCAGUUCGCUGUUUCAUAAACAACGGCAGGCAACAAUUGGCCGACCCUUUCGGCGACAACCUACCAACAAAUAAAAGUGUCGAUUGCCUAUUUAACCUACAGAUCUGCGACAAAGUGAGAGGGCUUGGGGAAAGAAACGUGCACGUCCGUGGUCGUAAGUCCAUCAUCGAGAAUUGCCGGGACCAGGGCUUGGAUGUUUGAAAUACAUCAGAGACGCAUGAGUAAUUUAACCGUAGGAUGACUGGGAGUCAAAACCCUGGUUGGGCGUUUGGAUAACUGUGGGCGACUAUCUCUUCACGUGUUAUCCUUGGAAUGUCACCUUCAGAAGAGUAGCUGCGAGAGGGCUCCGCUAAAUCCUGCAUUUGUCCGGACAUGACUUUUAACACCACGGCUGUCCACACGAUUGAGACGUCCAUUUAAUUCGAAGGACUCGGGAAAUACCCGCUAUGGCAUUGCAAUUGCAAAGUUCCAGCGGUGGGGAAGAUUGACCUUGUGUAUCUUUUUGCGGACGAAAUCUGUUCCAAGAUUUGACUGAUAGCGGUUAUGGCUCGCUUGUUGGCGCACCAUGGUCCCUUAUACCGAUUUGGGAUUGGUUGAAAUUACCUGGGUAGGCGACCAUGGGUUAUUCAAACCCUCCGAAGGUUCGACAAUUGACUCUCCGAGAACAAUUGAUGAAUAUGGAUGAAAGAGGGAAGAUGAAUUUGGAGAGGAAUUGGAGGAU